GCUGAAAAACAAAGUCCAAUGAAUAAAUCUUCUCUCUCUGAGUUUCUUCUCCUGAAAUUCUCAGAAGUUUGGGAGCUUCAAAUUCUACACUUCAUACUGUUCCUUGUCUUUUACCUGACAGCAGCAACUGUGAAUAUUCUCAUUGUCUCCGUAAUAAUCUCUGACUAUCACUUGCAUAACCCCAUGUACUUCCUUCUAAUGAACUUGGCCAUACAGGAUGUGGGACAAAUUUCAGUCAUUUUCCCUGCUUCCAUGGCCAAUUCUCUUAUGAAUGAUAGUCACAUUUCUUAUUCUGGAUGUGUUGCUCAAGUACUGUUCUUUGUAUUCUUUAUAUCAUCUGACUACUUUCUUCUGACAGUCAUGGCCUAUGAUCGCUAUGUUGCCAUUUGCACUCCAUUACAGUAUGACAUGGUGAUGAAUAGGUAUACCUGCCUUCAAAUGAUUACUGCUGUAUGGAUUGUUAGCUUGUUCUAUGCCGUAUUACACACUGUAGGCACAUUUUCACCUGCCUUUUGCUCUAAUGUUGUCAAUCAAUUUUUUUGUGAAAUCCCACACUUACUUAGGCUUGCCUGCACUAACUUGUAUAUGACCGAAAUUGCAAUCCUUUCGCUGAGUGCUGUCAUAGCAGCAGGCUGCUUUCUGUUCAUUGUUGUGAGUUAUGGGCACAUCUUAACCAUUGUCAUGAAAUUUCCUGCUGGGCAGGGAAGGACAAGAGCUUUCUCAACUUGCCUCCCCCACCUCACUGUUUUCUCUGUUUUAGUAUUUACUACCUAUCUAGCUUACUUCAAGCCUUUCUCUGAUUCCCCUUCAUUCCUUGAUUUGGCAGUGACUAUGAUUUAUUCCAUGGUACCACCAUUGAUUAAUCCACUCAUCUACAGUAUAAGAAACAAGGAGAUAAAAAAUGCUUUGAAAAAAAUAUUAGGUUUGAAAACUAAUUUGAAAAUUCUCAAAUGCAAGUAUUCUUCUGAAGCCCAGCUUGGUUCAGUUGGAGAGACUUGGAUUACAACUCUGGAGUCCAAGUUUCAAAUACCUGUUCACUCAUUGAAAUCUACUGGAUGA